AAAAAAAGGAGAAACUAUACAUUACCAAAAAUAAAAAAUAAUAAAUAAAUAAAAAAAACUAGUUUAAAUUUAAACAAAAAUUAAAAGCUUUAAAUACAACAUUAAAAAAAUAUUAUUUAUUUAAUAUUAAAAAUAUUAAAGAAAAAAAUUAUACUAAACCAAAAUAAAUUCUUCCAUUAUUAUUUAAAUAAAUUAAAAACCACAAAACAAAAAAUAUAUAUAUACAUAUAAAAAUAAGCCAAGUUAUAUGGAAAGAAAGGAACAUACGAUUUCAUAAAAAAACAAGAACAACAACUAACCAAUAAUCUAACGCACUAAAAAAAAAACAACAACAAAAAUAUAUUCUUUUUUUAUAAACCAAAAUAAAAAAAACAAAAAUUCCCAAAAAUUAAAUCCACUAAUCAACGAAGUAACUAAAGGAGGAAACAUUUUAGUUAAAUAAUUAAAACAAAAAAUAAACAUAUAUUUAUUUUUCCAAGAAAAGCUUUAAGCCUUACCGAAAAAAAAAAUCAACCAGAAAAAUAUAUAACAAAAACAACUAUUAAAAAAAUAAAUAAAUUCUAGUUAUUCCGAAUAAUGCAACAAAACCAAAGCAUCAAAAAAUAUACGUAAUUAACCAAAAGGAAAGAGCAACCCCCCUCUCCAUUUGCCAUUUGCAAAAAUAAGAAAUCCAUAAAAUAUAAUUUUUUUCUCAAAUUACAUCACACACGCAUACAUAACCACAUACAUGUAUAUGAAACCGAGUCCAACAAAAUGUCCUUAACAACUACAACCACAACAACCAGAACAAUAAUAAUAUUUGGCUGAUAGUUAAACAAAAAAAUUAUCAUCAGUUAUUGAGAAGUGUAGAGAGAGAGAAGAAAAAAAUAAAUCAUAAAUUAAAGCAUACCAAAACAACAACAACAUUCCAUUUAUAGAUUUUGGAAUAAUAGCAAAUACAAAUAACAACAACAGCAACAACAACAAAACACAUACAUUACAUUAAUCCUGAAGACAUAUUGACCAGCAGCAGCAUUUCGAUUCGCCAAAAUGGAUGACAUGCCAGAUUUGUCACAUCUCACGCCUCACGAACGCAUGCAAAUCGAAAACGUUCUGAGGCGCCAGAAACAGGAGGAGGAACAGCAAAAUGAAAUUAUGCGACGAAAACAAGAUGAGGUCAUGUCACUGGAAAUGCAAAUCCGACAGCGUUCCGAACAGCAAAAGAAAGCUGGUAUCGAACUUGAGGCAACGUGUCAUAUUUGUCUGAAGACUAAGUUUGCUGAUGGUGUUGGACAUAUCUGUCACUACUGCAAUACCCGAUGCUGUGCCCGGUGCGGUGGCAAAGUGACACUGCGCAGCAAUAAGGUCAUUUGGGUUUGCAUAUUGUGCCGUAAAAAACAGGAGCUCCUAUCCAAGACCGGUCAGUGGAUCAAUAAGGCCACCAUACAACAGGAUGGCUUUAUACGUCGCAAUGAACCGGAUGGCAGCAGUGACAUUUCCCAACAGGCUGUGGUCGAUCCUCACGAUGCGCUCGACAAACGACCAAAACUCGAGCGUACCCGUAGUGCCGCCGAAAAGGAAAAUCUACCGCUACAACGUUCGGGUAGCAUGCUGAAACGACAAUAUUCACAACAAGAACAAACAACGAAUCAAAGGGAUAUGAUGGGUCCCAAUAUGGGCAUGGACAUCAUGAGUCCGGGCCAAAGGCAACGUAUGCAACCAAUGACGCCACAACAUAUGCAACAACAGCAUCAGCAGCAGCAACAACAGAUGUCACAACAAGGCCAAUAUAAUAGGGGCCAGCAAGGUCAUUAUGGUGGAGGUAGUGGUGGGAGCGGGCCAGGAAUGCACCAUCAAAAGGACGAAGAUCCAAGAUUAUACCAAGGAGAAAUUGAUGGUCUCAUGAAACAACAUCCGCAUUUGGCACACCCCAGUCAGCGACAGCAACAACAGUACCAAUACCAACAGCAGCAGCAACAACAACAACAUCAGCAGCAACAACAACAAUAUCGCAUGCAACAGCAAUCACAACAACAGCAGCAGCAACAACAUCAAAUGCGUGGACAACAGCAACAAGGCCCAACAAAUACUUCCUCCGUUACCUAUGCAACACUACAACAUCCACAACAGCAACAACAACAAAGGCUUCCAACAUCAUCUGCAGCACAACAACAUCACCAGCAGCAUCAACAACAGCAACAUCAUCAAACCCAUCCACAUCAUUACAGUGGUGUUGGAUCCUCCUCACAACUCUCAGCUGCUGGCCAUCAUCAAACACCGGCAUCGUCCGCUGCCAUUUCCUCUAACGCCGCCCUUGUCUCCGUCUCGACCUCUGCAACAUCCUCUCAGGGUUAUCAAAAGCCUCCGCCAAUACAACGUAAUCUAACCAUAAGCGGUGGACAUGCCAUGGAUCCAUCGACCUAUAAUGCUCGCCGCCAUCUAAACGUUAGUCAGUAUGCCGCUCAACAGCAGCGAAGUUUUAGUAGCUACGAAGAUGAAAUACAGCAGCAACACUCGCAAUAUCCAGCGACGUCGGGGUUGUCAUCAUAUGACUUAGAGGGUAAGUUCGAUCGUUGUACCAUUCGAAUUGGAUUGAAUUGUGUAUUUGUUUACCCAACCCCCACGUACCCUUAUCGUGAUCACCACAAAACAAACAAAAUGUACACCUGUAUCCUUUUUUUUUUUUUUUGGUUUUGUGUUGAAAUUUUGUUUUUCUUAAGUUAUUGCUCUCAAAAGUGUGUAUGCAUAUUCUCUCUUUCAAAUAUGAUGACCUACCUCUCUUACUAUCUGUCUCUCUAUAAAUAUAUGGCUAACUAACUGUAUUAACAACAAAUGAUCCCUGAUAACAAACACUCCAUUACUUUUUGUU